UGAAAGAAACAAAGAGCGUAAAACCAAAAGUAGUGCUAUAGAAUCUGCUCUCAUUUCCUGUCUCUCAAGGACAAAAGAGCUCAACGCCAAGAGAACUGAGAUUGAACACCUCGCCUUUCAUCUGAAGCUAAGCUAUCUUCUUCAGUGUAGAAGCAGAGAAUUAGUCUUAUUAGUUGAUGGCGUCCAAGUUACAGCAAUUGCAAGCCAAGGCUUGUCAAGCCACACAAUUCGUAGCCAAGCAUGGGAAUGUUUACUACAAGCAAUUGUUGGAGCAGAACAAACAGUACAUUAAAGAUCCACCAACUGUGGAGACAUGUAACGAAUUAGCCAAGCAGCUCUUUUACACACGUCUGGCCAGCAUCCCGGGUCGUACUGAGUCAUUUUGGAAGGAGCUUGACUACGUCAAGAACAUGUGGAAGCAUAGACACGAGCUAAAGGUUGAGGAUGCUGGCAUUGCCACUUUGUUUGGACUUGAGUGCUUUGCAUGGUUUUGCGCCGGUGAGAUUGUUGGAAGGGGUUUUACAUUUACUGGUUACUAUCCCUGAAAACCACCUGGGUAAAAUUCUGGGUGAAUUGAAUUGAUUACUCAUCUUGAGGAAGAUUGCUGAAAUGCCUCAUAUACUCGAGAUUUUGUUUUCCUACAAAGUUCUUUGAAGGUCAGAAAUCAGUUUCAAAUUGAUUGCAUCAAUAAUUAGUAAAUUCCAUAGUUCAAUUUCCUCUUUAAUGAAGUGGUCUCGAACUUCGUCGUUCUCAUUCCUUUUAGAUAAUAUUAUCUAGCUACUGGUGAAUCGGUGAUGGAUGUCAUGAACUGGUUGUUAAUGUUGCUUUCGUUUCUCUUAGUUAUAUUGCCACAU